CUCUUCUGACGCCCUUUCAGAGUCCUCGGGAGGCUAGGCGCAAAGGCCAUCGACGGUGCUGUGCUCCAGACACACGGAGGCUUGAAUCCAUUGCUCUUGUGUUUGCUUCGUGUCGCCAGUGCGUGCCAUUCCAGCGCUUCCGCCUUCCGGAGCAGCUGGGCGUUGUGUGUGGUGGGUGGGGGCUCCACGAUUUGCGGGCAGACUGACAUUCUUCAACAGCCGUCAUACUUGUCAACGUCUCGUUUGCCAGCCUAAGCAUGUCGACAACCACUAGCAAGCUAUACAUGGUCAUGGUCGUGCAAGGAGCAGCGGGAGGGACGCCCGACGGAUAUGUGCAGUCAGCCCAACCAUGAAUCUCUGCAUCCGUCACGGCUGGGGAACUUCUGGAUCUGGGAUUUCCUGUGUGGAGGCCGAUUCCGUGUUCUUUGCCCCAGCAUGUUUUGAACUUGCUUGAUCCUCGUUUGGUGAUGUAUCACCUUGGUCACAGGCGGCCUUGAGGUGGUUGACUUGAAAACGAUGCCUCUUCAGCAAACAUGACGGUUCUGUCUUAGAAUGUCUGAUCUGGAUUGGGGCAAGAUCGGAUCUCGUGGGAAUGACUUGGCUUCCUGGCCUGUCGACGAUCGGCUGGAUCCCAGAUCGAUCUGAGAGGCUGCCUGCUUCCGUCCUAUCUUGCGAGCAUCAGGUGCCCUGGCCAUUCAAGGGGAUGAUCUUCUGUUUGAGUUGGCUAGGUGAUACAAACAACCCAAAAGGAUAAGCGAGGUCAGUCAGCCACCAUCUGGAUUCUCCCAGUACACUAUUCGUGUUCCCGAUGUCGGCCCUGGAGGAUUUGGGGGUUGAUGUCGCAUACGAUGCACCCUUGCACCUUUUCAGGAGGACAUGGCAAGCUUUCCUCGAGAAGUCGGUGUGAUUUCUGAUGGCCAUCAUUGAGAGCCGGCCGGAUGUUACUGCCCCCGUCUGUGAGCUAGAGCAGCAUUGGAAUCCCGACUGUGUUAGCGAGGUGGGUGUGGCUGACAUACGAGCCGUCACAUCCCCCUUGAAUGCAACUUGUGCGACAUGUCGCGCCGUUUGUGAAGGACAGGCAUGCCCUAGCCAUACGAUGGUUUGUCCAGUACUUGAAGGGCAUGUAUCCUUCCCCGGACUGCUUUCUUUGUUCUUGUUCUCUUCAUCUCUUGUGGCUUCUGCACCAAUCAAACUGGCAGUGUUGGGAUUUUGAGCUUGAUUGUUUCCCCCUGUUGUUUGAAAGACUCUGAUAAAUGCUUGGGACUGUUGACAGUCAGCGGACAGCCACUGAACAUUGUGAUGCUCUGCAACAGUGUGAUGAUGAUGGUUGUCGCGUGUGGGUAGGCAAGACUUGUCUGAGUCCAUCAGAGGCAAGAUUGGGUCGACUGCGUCGACAUCGGUGGGAGGCAGUGCCAAAGAACAGCGAGGCAGAGGAAACACAAAUACUGGAGGCGCGAGAGGAGCAUCAUCAGCUGGAACAAGGUGAAGAACAGAGGUUUGGAGGAGGAAAAAAGGCUGCACUCCAGUAUCUUCACGACAGACUGCAACUGCGGCUGCGACUGCGUCUGGUACAGCAACAAUCAAUGGGCGCAGGUGGAUUCUGUCUGCCGGUCCCUUUGACGCUCACUUCACUUUUCACAUCAACACCCACGGUCCCUAGGUUUGGCAUGAAUAGACGCGACACUUUUGACUUUUGCAUCACUUUGGAUUUCACGUACCGGGUAAUGUCCCUGCACUGUACCAUUGACACCGCAAUACGAGCCGUCGACGACAAUCAAGUGGCAAGUCACCUGCGAUAUCAAAUUCACCGUCAAAGUUUUUCGUCGAGUCCACCUCCUCUUCACCUGCUAUAACUUGGCCCAGCCGCCCUCCCUCUGUCGAGGUUGUCAUCUCAAACCUCUCACCACCCAUCUGAUUCUCAGCAUCAAAUCCUUCAAGAUACGCCUCCUCUGAAACCCAGACCUUUCGACACAAACAAACAAACAAGCACAAUUACACCUUUCAUCUUCAGCUCAUACCUCUCAAAUUCACUUCACGCGACCAAUUCACACAAAGCUGCAAAAAUGAUUGCCUGGGAGAAAAUCACCCGAUUGAUUGUCGGGCGUGCCGUCGCUGAGAGAAGCGAGCACAAGAAGCUCGAAAAGAAGUACAAGGAAGCUGAAGCAGCUCUCAAACUCGUCACUGAGGUUGCCCCUGAGCCGCUCCCACAAUGUCUCAGUCGACCUUCGUCACUUUGGAGUGCAGCCAUCUCUGAGGAUUCACGCAAGCCGCGUGAAGGAGUCCUGCGCACGGCACAAAGACCAAACUACGAGCGUUCUUCCUCAACUCCUGCAGUGACCCAUGUCACACCUCGCAGGUCGCCAUCAGGCCCACCAGACAUCACUGCUCGAUCUCUCAGCCAAGAGGAAUUGAAGCGGAACUACAGUUCUGAAAACUUCUGGGAUACCAAAAUUCACCCACUUCCUCCUAUGCCUGAAAUGACCGGCUUCGGAAAAUAUCGCCGAGCCGUCAAUGCCUCUCCAGAGUGGCAAUUGGAACACCUUCACAAACACCUUUACGACAUGAGCGACAUCAUUGUCGGUCAUUUGGGCUCGCAGCCUCCUGUUGGCUUGGAUCCAGAGACCUGGAACCAGUACAGAACUCAAUACGCACGAACCACCAGCUUUGCAAGCUCCCGAAGCUCCACGACCGGCCUCGAAUCUGCUAUCGCCUCAGAAUAUCUGGACCCGGUCACCGGUACCAAAAUCACUCGCGGAUUUUCUGCUUCGACCACCUCGAGCGCAGCAAGCUCUUUCAAAGAAGGCUCAAUCACCUUCCGCCGCGAUUCCAGCUUCUCCAAAUCAAGCAUGACUAGCCCACUCUCCGACGUCGACGUGAAGGGCAGUCGAAGACCAAGCCGGACUUCUUCAUACCAUGCUAGCAUUACAUCAAUGCAUCAUUUGACCGCCAUCAGUGAAAUCCAAGAACCAUUCACCAACCUCCCUCGCAAGAUCGAGAAACCCUGCGUGUUUGACGCAAAUGGAAACACUGAGAGUGCACUUGCGUCCGACGAAGACGAAGAACUCGAGUGGGAAGACAUGCUUGAAGUUGGCGGAGCCAACAUCAGCAACCUCACCAAACGACUUGACCGAACAUCAUCAUCUCGUGCUAUGUCACACAUCAAACCCGCAUUGAAUCGCCCACGCACAAAGAGACAGAGAUCCAACACUGUGCGCCGAGUUCACUUGGUGGACAACCGCCACUAAUUAUUCCAUUGAAUCAACCAACCCUUUAAUUUUCUUGGGCUACGACGAACGAAUCAACGGCAUCACGAAUUAUACGCCCCGUCUAUAACGAAUUUCUCAAUCCACUUUCAAAAAGAACAAGAUGAUCAAUGGUUAUUGCUGUGCGAGUCCAGGGAUUCGGGAGUUCAGGAGUUUAGGAAUUCAUUGCUUGGGUUAAUGUUAUCGGAAGGGUUCUGCAACAAUGGGAUUCGUUCGACUCGCACGGAAUUGCUUUCAGGUUUCACUAUAAGACUAUAACCAGUAUAAUUCUUUCUCGGGUGCUGCAUUGUCGUUAACAAGGAAGGACUAUGUUGAUAGUUUCUGAUAGCCUUCGCGAUCAACAAUAAAUACAGUCCACGCAUUGAA